AUGUCUCUCAAGCCAAUUAAGCUCUAUGGCCACACUAGUGGCCCCAACCCCUGGAAGGUGAUCAUGGCCUUUGAGGAGCUUGGUAUUCCUUACACCAUCCAGCUGGUGGAUUUCCAGGAUAUUAAGAAGGAGCCCUUCAUCUCAGUCAAUCCCAACGGCCGCGUUCCUGCCAUCGAAGACCCUAACACUGGCAUCACUCUCUGGGAGUCCGGCGCUAUCCUCGAAUACAUCAUCGAAACAUACGACAAGGAAAAUAAGAUCAGCUUUGCCUCUGGCUCGCAAGACUACUUCUCCGCCAAGCAAUGGCUUCAUUUUCAGAUGUCCGGCCAGGGCCCCUACUUUGGUCAGGCCGUUUGGUUCACACGCUACCACCCUGAGCAGAUCCAAAGUGCGAAGGACCGCUACAUCAACGAGAUUCGUCGCGUUUCCGGUGUCCUCGACCGCACAUUAGCUGAUAAAGAGUACCUUGUCGGCGGCAAGUUCAGUUAUGCCGAUUUCGCAUUCAUCCCAUGGUUCAAGAUUGUUGGAUUGUUCGAAAUUGAUCUGGAGAAGGAAUUCCCCAACCUCGAUGCUUGGAUCAAGCGCCAAGAGGCCCGUCCAUCUAUUGCAAAGGCCCUCAAGGAUCGCGCUGAGGCCAUGGCCGCACAUUCCUAG